AUGCCGGCUGUGAGACCACGGCACUGGCCGUUUUCUGAGACCUUGCCAGCACGCGCCCCAUCUCAGCGAGCUGUCAGCGGCUGCAAAUACAGAGUCCCCAUUUCGGAUUUCGCCACGCAGCGCAAACCGGCAGACCACCUGACAAUGCUUGCAGACAACAUAGACACAGCGUUGGCCCGGCAGAUCGUAUUCCGGUGCUCGGUACCAUACUGCGAGCGAUCACUUGGCGACAGCUUUUCGCUAGCUGAGCACCUGAAGAAGCACGCGGGUGAAAAGCGCCACAUUUGCCCGGUGCGCACUUGUGGCCGCCGCUUCAGCACUCCUGGCAACUUGUCCCGCCACAAGCGCCUGCACGGACCAGUCAGACCGCUCGAAUGCCCCGUGGCCGGCUGCAUCUGCACGUUCCGAAGCGAGAACAAGCUCUCCAAGCACAUGAAGUUUCACCUGGGUAGCCCUGUGCACGUGUGCUCAUCGCCUGGCUGUGGAAAGACCUUCAGUACGGCCGGCAACCUCAACCGCCAUAUUAAAGGCCACCACCCGGAGCUAGAUGCGCGGAAGACCAAGCUCAUCGCCGCCAACAUGACGCUGUUGCCGGUCCUGGACCAGUCAUACGACAGUCCGACGGGCUCGGAUGAGUUGUUGCAGCCUGGUUUGGCGCAGAACCCAAUGAUGAUUCAGAUGCGAGUACCAGCAUCUCCCGCCUCGAGCGUGUCAACGAUAGAUGUGGCUAUUUGUAGCCCGGCACCGAGCUCUUCUUGCGCGUCACCUGGCGCGUCUCCAAUGACCCCAUUGGAUAUCGCUAUGGACCCAGAGCAACUUGACGAGCUCGUAUCCAUCUUGGAUGAGUUCGUUAAGGUCGAUGAUGCGGCGAGCUUGGAGGUAUUACCAACCGAUAGCUUCGUUAAUGAGCUUCAGACAAUGCAACCGAGCGUGUUAGACGAUAUGAUCCGGUUCCACAUCGACCAUCUGCAGAUGUAA